CUUCCUCGAAUGUCCGUUGGAGCAAAGAAAACAAUAGGAUCACCACCACACAGUGAUUUUUUUAAGUUCUUUAACUAUCUAUAUUAUCAAAUUUUUUUUCAACUUGAGCUCAAAUUUGGAUAAGAGAAAAAAAACGUAUAUUCAAUUUCUUAUUUAUAAAACCGAUUUUCUUUCUCAUGAUAAUUGUUAAGUGUUACCUGAAAAAUCUUGACAUCUGUUAAAAAUUGUCAUAUAUACAUUUCAUAUUGCGCCACCUUUCACAAAUCUUCUUUUUCCUGUUCAUCGUGGUCGCAAAAUUCUAAAACUACUUUGUGUUCAAGAAGCAGAAAUUUUUAUAAUACAAUUCCUUUUUAAUCUACAUUGAGAGAAUGGCUCGUGGACAACAAAAACUGCAAUCACAGGCUAAAGCAGCUGAAAGAGCAGCAAAGGUGAAAAAACAGCAAGGCCAUAGCGCCAAUGAUCAGAAGAAAGCUGCUCAAAAAGCUCUUGUUCAUGUUUGCGUUGUUUGUAAGGCACAAAUGCCAGAUCCGAAGACAUAUAAGCAACAUUUUGAAAACAAACAUCCCAAGAAUGAUUUGCCAGACGAUCUAAAAAAUAUAUGAGGGUAGAGGCUCUUACGAAAUAAAAGCAAAACAGGCGUACAAAGAAAUAAUGAGUUAAACAAUGCCAGUUCAUGCGACUAACUGACAAAAUGUGAUCUAGAUUUUAAACAAUAACAAACAAAAAGAAAUUUAUAAAUUUUAACCAUUUUUGCUUCUCUGUCGAAGCUUUAAACAUUUUUUUUUUUUUUUUUUACAAUUUUUGAGAAAUCCUUAUAAAUUACAAUUUUAAAAUGUUAAUCACAUGUGUUUGUUAAUUAUAAGCAUUAUAUUUAAUUUUAUUUCAAUUUUGUCGAGAAAUUAAAUUUGUUUUACAAUUUAUUUCUUUUUCACUAGAAAUAAAGUUGUUCGCAUGAACGGGAGACUAUUUUGCUGAGUGAAAUUAGUAAAAUUGAUGCAGGAAUUUUGAGAGGACUUAUUCGAUAUUAUAUAUAUAUGAUAAAAAAAAAGAAAAACAGUAGUUAAACGAAUUAAAUCAAUUUUGACAGAAUAUUUUGAAGGCAGUUUUGUGAAAUGGAUGUUUCGAGCAACGAGAUUUGCAUUAGUUAUUGUUGCAAGAAGAAUGUUACAUUGGAGUUGAACUGCAAAUUUGUUGCAUAUACCCCAUAGCUUUUUACAUUUAAACGUAUAUUAUAAAAAAAGUAUAAAAUUUUAGAAAUUCAAAUUCUCUUACUGAUAUCUAUGUUUGUACGCCUAUGCCACGCCUACUUGCAUACAAAUACUGCCGGGAUUAUGGAUUUUGCCAAAUCGCAAAACUUUUUUCAAGGAUUUGCAAACCAGUACUGUCCAUUUUUAUCUUAAUCAACUACUGCCACAUUCUUUAAAAAAUCGCUGUCUUUGAAAAUUGCCUUUUUUUUGGUUUACACUCGGCUUUUAUAUUGUAAUUGUAUUUUUAUCUUAAUUUUUCUAACUUUCUAGAAUACAUUUUGACAGUUGUUCGAAAUAAUUUUUUUUUUCUUAUUUCUUGUAAAUGUGUUGAUGAAAAAAAAAACCAGUAGUACUUAAUAAGAUUAUAUUGAACUAAGAUAUGAGUCAUUUUUAUUUUAUUUUUAAAUUACUUUUUACAGAAGUUAACGAUCGUUUAUGAUGAUUUAAAAAUAUAAGAUUGAAGUAGAGUUGAAAAUCUAUAGUUUCCCCGAGAUCUUAUAUAUAUAGAGAGAGACCUUCCCUGAAUAUUCAACUAAGAAUAUAAUUAUUGUAGAGAAAUGAAUUUAUCAUGUGGUUAUAUAAAUAAACUUGUAGUUUAUUGAUAUCUGUUUCUACUGCAAGUUCAGAAAAGAAAUUUUUUCUCUUUUAGAAUUUCAAUAAUUUAAUGGUAAGGUCGACGAAACAUUCUAUUAAAAAUACAUAUUUACCUGUGGGACUAUUAUAUGCAUCAUGUAUCAUGUGCUACUCUAAUUAUAGAAUUUUACACCAGAA